AUGGUUUUUACAAAUGGGUCAAGUUUUUAUUUGAACGCUUCUCUCUCUCUCUCUCUCUCUCUCUCUCUCUCUAACUCCUUCUACCUCCCUGGUGUCGCUCCCCAGGAUUUUUUCAAGGGGGAUGUCUUGAAGGUAAAAGUAAACAAACUGUCUUCCACAAAGACCCAACUCCCUUAUUCUUACUAUUCCAUCCCUUAUUGUCGCCCACAAGAAAUAGUUGACAGUGCCGAGAAUCUUGGGGAAGUUCUUCGUGGUGAUCGUAUAGAAAAUUCUCCUUAUGAGUUCCGAAUGCGAGUGCCAUGGAUGUGCAAUAUCGUGUGUCGCAUAACACUUAAUGAGAAAACAGCCAGAGAAUUUAAGGAGAAAAUAGACGAUGAGUAUCGAGUCAACAUGAUAUUGGACAAUUUGCCUUUGGUUGUUCCUGUAACGAGGUUGGAACAGGACUCUCAUGUCCUAUAUCAGCAUGGAUAUCUUGUUGGUCGCAAAGUAUGGUAUGCGGGUAUGAAGGUAGAGAAGUAUUUUAUCAACAACCAUUUAACAUUCACAGUCAAGUUUCAUAAGGACGAACAACUGGAUUCUGCAAGAAUUGUGGGAUUUGAAGUUAAAGCUUUCAGUGUUAAACAUCAAUACGAUGGUGAAUGGAGUGACGAUACUCGCCUUACAACCUGUGACCCUCAUGCGAAAAAGCUGGUCAACGGCUCUGACCUGCCACAAGAGGUUGAAGAUAAGAAGGAAAUCAUCUUCACAUAUGAUGUUGAGUUUCAGGAAAGUGAUGUUAAAUGGGCAUCCAGAUGGGAUACUUAUCUUCUAAUGGCUGAUGAUCAAAUUCACUGGUUUUCAAUCGUCAAUUCUCUUAUGAUCGUUCUUUUUCUAUCGGGAAUGGUGGCAAUGAUCAUGUUGAGAACACUUUACCGCGAUAUCUCCAAGUACAACCAAUUGGAAACGCAAGAAGAAGCCCAAGAAGAUACAGGUUGGAAGCUCCUCCAUGGAGAUGUUUUCCGCCCGCCUGUAAAUUCUGAUCUGUUAUGUGUUUAUGUCGGAACCGGUGUUCAGUUUUUCGGUAUGAUGCUGGCUGCCAUGAUCUUUGCUGUUCUUGGGUUUCUGUCGCCUUCAAACCGCGGUGGGCUCAUGACCGCCCUGCUCCUACUCUGGGUCCUCAUGGGCAUAUUUAGCGGCUAUGCAACCGCCCGCCUUUACAAAACCUUCAAAGGGUCGGAAUGGAAAACCAUCACCCUCAAAACCGCCUUUAUGUUCCCGGGAGUUGUGUUCGCCAUUUUCUUUGUGCUAAAUGGUCUGAUUUGGGGCGAGAAAUCUUCUGGAGCGGUGCCAUUCGAAACCAUGUUUGCUUUGGUGUUCUUAUGGUUCUGUAUCUCGGUUCCACUGGUGUUUGUGGGAGGUUAUAUCGCUUUCAAGAAGCCAACCAUGGAAGAUCCAGUGAAAAGCAAUAAGAUCCCGAGGCCAAUUCCAGAUCAAUCAUGGUAUAUGAGCUCAACUUUCUCGAUCUUGAUCGGUGGCAUACUUCCAUUCGGUGCAGUUUUCAUUGAGCUCUUUUUCAUCUUAACUUCAAUAUGGCUGCAUCAGUUUUACUACAUCUUUGGGUUCCUUUUCAUCGUGUUCAUCAUCUUGCUGGUGACCUGUGCUGAGAUCACGAUCGUGUUAUGCUAUUUCCAGCUGUGUAGCGAAGACUAUCGGUGGUGGUGGAGAUCGUAUCUUACAUCGGGUUCAUCGGCUCUUUACCUGUUUAUAUACGCGAUUACAUAUUUCUUCACGAAGCUGAACAUCACGAAGCCGGUUUCGGGUAUAUUGUACUUUGGGUAUAUGCUGAUUGCAUCGUAUUCCUUCUUUGUUUUAACGGGUACGAUUGGUUUCUGUGCUUGCUUCUGGUUCACUAGGCUUAUUUACUCUUCUGUCAAGAUCGAUUAGACAAGUUGUUAUACAAAUUUGUUAAUUGGGUUUAACAUCAACAAAUGAUAUUGAUCUAUCAU